UCUUGUCAUUACCAAAAAAAAUAAAAAUACCAAGAGGUAAUAUGGCCUUAGAACAACUUUUUCAAGACCAAAUAGCAGAAACUACCUUUGAUCAACGCGAUAUUUCCUUCGAAAAAUGGAAGAUAAUUGAUGAUAAUAUGCAAGAAGACAAUCUGCCUGGAGGUUUUGAGUGCAAUAUUUGCCUGGAUUUUGUAUAUGAUCCGGUUGUUACGUUAUGUGGUCACCUCUAUUGUUGGCCUUGCAUCUACAAAUGGAUACAUUUUCAGACCAUUUCUUCAGAAAAUAUCGAUAACCAACAGCCAAAAUGCCCUAUUUGCAAGGCUGAAGUGUCACAAAAAACAUUGAUUCCACUCUAUGGUCGCGGUCAAGCUACAAUAACAUCUAAAAACAAGGCCUCGAAUCUUGGUAUGGUCAUUCCACAAAGACCUCCUAGUCCGAGAUGUGGAAGUCACGGAAUAAUAGAAACUAAUAAUUCACAUUCAUCUCAGCAACCUCAUGAUCAUCUAGAACAUAUGUUAAGCCCUGGCGGCACGACAAUAGGGGAAAUUGUUUAUGCACGGAUGUUUGGGAAUUCAUCAAUUACUAAUUUGUAUACAUAUCCAAGUUCAUAUAAUCUAGCAGGAAGAGGCAAUUAUCACACGCUGAUAGAUCACUUAGCAGAAUCUGUUUUUUCCUAUGUUGUUGUUUAGUAACAUGUCUCCUCUUGUUCUGACCAUAUUCUUGCGCUUGUUGUAAAAGUAUUUAGUACAGAAAUAUGAUUAUCUUUCUUUCUUAAACUCUAUAUUAAGUUA